UUUGAGCUCCUGUCGCUAUAUACAGGGCCAAAUUUGAGAAUUUUAUAUCGGUUCUGCAACCUUCGACGACUGAAGACAUGACUGCCUUUAAACUGGGGUUACUCUUUUUCACUGCCUUUCUAGGCUCAGUCCAAACAAGAUCUGUUGAUACAACAGGCAUGACAAAUGUCCUGAUGGGUGUGGAUGACAAUGUGAUGGGUGACAUGUGUCAGGACUGCACUCAAAUAUUUGAGCUCCUGAAGCAUAUCUUUUCCAAUGAAGACUUCCAGGUCAAAUUAUUGGCCUCUCUCGAGAAAGUGUGUGAUAAGUUGCCUGCCCAAAUCACUCAAAUCUGCCACACUGAAGUGGAAAAGGUGGUUCCUCUGGCCAUCACCUUCAUUACCAGCCUGAUGCACCCAGCUGACAUCUGUGCAUUUCUUGGAUUGUGUGGAGGACGUGACACUACCAAGAUUAGAGAUAUGUUCUUUAAUCACAUGUCAAAAAGUGUACCAGUGCCAACUCUGAAGAUGGAGGCGUCCAUUCAGUGCUCUGUUUGCACAUAUGUUGUGAGCACACUUGAGUAUCUGUUUCCUAGACAGAGGACUCAGAGCAUCAUAACAGUCCUGCUGGAGAGUCUGUGCAGCGAGUUUCCUCUGAUUCAGUCACAGUGCAAUAAAAUGGUUGAAAAAUACGUCCAACUGUUGGUUGACAUGCUACUGAACAACACCUCUCCUAACUUCAUAUGCACUCUGCUUCAUUUUUGUGAAAAAUGGGAGCGUCCCAUCAACGCGGCCACAGCGCUUUCUGAUUGUGAUUCUUGUCUAACUUUGGCGGUUCUGACUCGUGUGCAUCUGGGCUCAAAUGCUACCGAGCGCCAGGCUGCUUCAUUCCUGGACACCGUUUGCCAGCUGCACCCCAGUGCCAUGCCAAAGUGUGAGACCUUCGUGCAGCGUCAUGGAGAUCAGCUCCAUGAGAUCCUGAGCAAACAGCAGGGGGCGCUGGACAUCUGUAAGAGGGCAAAUUUGUGUGUUUCUGGUGGGAAGGAGUCUGUCAUUGCUGCUGACCCCUGUAGUCUCGGACCAAUCUACACCUGCAGAGACCUCCAGACUGCUGUUGAAUGUGGGGCAGUUUCCUUCUGUCAGAAGAACAUGUGGGAAUAACCUGUUUCAGCUGUCAGUACUACAUGAGUCAAAGGUUUCUUGCAUUUGCGUGAGUUUCAACAGCUUUGUGGCUUAUUUGAAAGGCUGCUGGACCUGCUGGACCAAUGCCACAGCAUUUUUCCUCCUCUCCUGGAUUUUCAUAGUUAUAUAUGCUUUUCAAGUUGAAAACGUGGGUCACAAAGUCAUAGUCUUGGAUAAUAUCUUCGGCAAACAAGAUAAAAUAUAAAAAACGUCAUAUAAAAACAUGUUUUCUGCGGCAGCUGUUAUUUUAACAAAAAGAAAUACUGUUGCUUAAGCAACAUUUUUGAUCUCAUGAUACUUUAUCAAUCUUUUCAUUGGCUUGCACAAGACUUCAAAGAGGUCGAUUCAAAGGUCAUUUACAAUAUUAUCUAAUGUAUGAAGAAUUAGUUUGGGGGUGCAUAAACAUUUGAUCAGUGAUAAUGUACAUUUUUAAACGAAAACUUUUGUCGUUAUUAAAGGAUGUUCACUUCCUUGUAUUGUGGAAAUAUUUUCUGUGGUAACCAUAGUUUCAGAUAAAAUAUCAUAGUUACUACAGUUAUUGGUCCUAUAAGCUUAAUAUUAGACACCACUGUCAUAAAAACAUAAAAUUAACUA